AUGACCAGUUCGCCACUGCUGCUCCUGCCAGAGGAGCUGGUCGCAACCAUCUCUGAAUUGGUGCCGACCGAGAGUCUCCUUGACUUCGCACUCACUUGCAAGGAACUACGACGUGUCUCGGACAGUCGUCUUCGUCAACACCAAGGCUUUGCUCGUGAGUACACUGUUCAGCACGACAGGCUGCCUCUCCAUGUGCCAAAGCUUCUUGCCCUGGCAUUGGAAACCCCCGAACCUCUAUGGCAUCUUCGCGCAUUCGAGUCAUGGGGGCUUAGGCCUGGCUGGGCAAAGUACAGAUCUUGGUUCCACAGGGAAUGGGCAGAGGAGAGGGAGCUUGAAGACGCAGACUGGCUGGACGAGGACUUGAGCUACCCAGACAUGUCCGAAGCAUUCUUCUCACCGGAGCAGUACGAAGCUUUCCGGACCACCUUGUGCAACACCUUGAACUUGGACGAUGAACGCGUGGAGUUCUGGAUGGAGAAAAUCAGGGAGGGGUGGGACGAGCCACUCAAAGGCAUGCUAUAUGACUCCUGGCAAGGAGACGACUUUCAUGACGACCACCCGCUGAAGUUCCUUUGCGAGGCCAUCGAUGCAGUCCACAAGCUGAAUGUCAGCUCCAAACUCGCUUGGCCACCGGGCUUCCAAUCCUUGCGCAUGGUGUCCAUAGCGCCGCUGUUCAGAUUGCCAAACAUAAAAGUGCUCAAUUUGAAUCUACUCGGCUACACGGACGAUGCCAAUGGUGAAUUCGACCUGCCACCAAGGAGCUCUAGCGUGGAGGAAUUGGCCUUUUCCUGCUGCAGUAUUACACUUCAAGCCAUGGUAAAGUUCUUGAUGGCACCUGUCAGACUAAGAAAAUUCCUGUCUGCGGCUUCAAGUAUUGGCGGUGACAACGAUGCAGAGAUCUUCCGCGUUCUUCAGAAACGACAGGGCGAGUACCUGGAAGAGCUGUCAGUGUCGAUGCGCACCAAUAGCUACCCUCCUCAGAGCAUCGGAAAGUUCUCCGAGCUGUUCCCCCGACUAAAAGUGCUUGAGCAGGUCAAAACAUGCGCACUGAUGCCGCCCACUGUGGCAUCCGAAAGUGACAGUCGGCUCGCCCAGAUACUGCCUUCUUCAUUGGAGAGACUGCAAUUGCUGUUCACGUCAGCUAUCGGCGUAGACGCGCCGGCCGAGAAAGGGCGAAUCCUCCGAGCUGUUGCGGAUGUGGUAGAGAACGAUGGGUUUCGCAAUUUGAAGGAAGUCUGUCUGUACCAUCUCUCGAGACAAUGGAGAGAUGAAGGCAAAAGAGUGGAGGACUUGGAGGCCAUCAAUGAGGAUGAUUGGGAUGCCGAAGCGGUGAAUCGGAUUUUGGCGCAGGGCGUCGAAACGCACCUCAUAGACCGAAACGGCAAGCUCAUGUCCAGCAGUGAACAUUUCGGUAUGCAUCGCGAUGGUAACUCGGGACUGGUCGAGACGGAAAGCGAUCCACGUCCGCCAGGCGAAAGAGACUGGUGA